GCCACUGUCGGUUUGAGGAAAGACAUGGCGGUUGUGGAUUAGUGAGCUAUAAAAAUCAACGCUAUGAAGCAGAAAACCUUUAAUAAUUAGCCCAUAUUUCCGUGACAGUUGUUUGUGUUGUUGUUUUUCAGUUGGUUAAGUUAGUAAUUAGGAAGAGUAGAGGUGUAUUUUGAUCGCCGGAGGAGUUGUAACCGUCAUCCAGAAGUUCUGCAGGAUUUCAGCACCAUGAUGGAGUCAUGCUUUAACGAGAAGGUGGCCAGGGCAGAGACCAUCCUGGUGGACGACCUGAGGAGAGAUCUGCGCUUGGAUCUGACUGAAAUUGCAGAGGCUCAGGACUCCGGCUUCUUUGACAGAGAGUUUUUACAGGUGUACCUCCGGAUAAGACCCUUCUCCCAGGCUGAAAUGGACAGUGGUGAAUCUCAGGACUGCGUCACCAUCCAUGCCCCUGACACGGUUCUCCUCAAGGCCCCGAGGUCGUCUCUCUCGGCCCGAGGAGGUGAUAAAUCGGUUCCGCAAACGGCACAGCGCUUUCAGUUCUCUCAGGUUUUCGGGGCGGACAUGUCGCAGAAGGACCUGUUUGAUGGCACGGUGAAAAAUCUGGUCAGAGAUGUCCUGGAGGGAAAAAACUCGCUGGUCUUCACGUACGGAGUCACGAACGCCGGAAAGACCUUCACGUUUUUAGGCCCAGAACACGACGUGGGCAUCCUGCCACGCUCCUUAAACCUGAUCUUCGGCAGUCUGGAGGGUCGUAUCUUCACCCAGAGCAGCGUGAAGCCUCACCGCGCUCAGGACGUCCUGAAGCUCAGCAAGGAGCAGCAGGUGGAGGAGAACAUCAGCAAACGCAACCUCCUCAGACUCCUCAGAGAGAAUGAUGCUCAGAAAAAUACAAGCAGCCUGAGCUCCAGCUCCAGAUCUGAAGGUUCGGAACUGGUCGAUCCCGAAGGCCCGGUGUCGGACAGGAGCUUCGGGGUAGACGUGGAUCUCCACACCAGGUUCUCCGUCUGGGUGUCCUUCUGCGAGAUCUACAACGAGAACAUCCACGAUUUACUGGAGCAGCCGAGUGGCACUGGGGCACGCCGGGCCAACCUGCGCCUCUGUCAGGACACCAAGGGGAACUCCUUCAUCAAGGAUCUGCGCUGGGUGCAGGUGAACAGCUCAGAUGAAGCGUUUAAAGUUAUGAAACUGGGCAAAAAGAACCAGAGUAUUUCAUCCACCAAACUCAAUCAGCUGUCCAGCAGGAGUCACAGUAUCUUCACGGUGAGGAUUUUAAGGAUUAAGGACGUCUCCUCUCUCAGUGUGCAGUCUGUCAGUGAGCUGUCUCUGUGUGACCUGGCUGGAUCAGAGCGAUGUGGUAAAACUCAGAAUAAAGGAGAUCGACUGAAGGAGGCAGGAAACAUCAACACCUCUCUGCUCAGUCUGGGGAAAUGCAUCAAUGCUCUGAAAGGCAGCCAGCAGGCCAGGCAGCAUGUUCCGUUCAGAGAGAGUAAACUGACCCACUACCUGCAGGGGUUCUUCACAGGCCGAGGGAGAGCGGCCAUGAUCGUCAACAUCAACCAGUGUGCCUCCAUGUAUGACGAGACACUCAACGUCCUCAAGUUCUCUGCCGUGGCACAGAAGGUGGUGGUCCUCUCUGUCCCCUCUGUCCUCUCGUUGGUGGUGAAGAGGAGUGCGAGGGAAGUGUCCUUUAUCAUUAAUAAGGCGACUCGGCGGGAGGCACGCCGCACGUCUCUGGUGCGAUGGGAGAACAGCCGCAGAGACCGAGACGAGACGUCUGAGGAGGAGGAGGAGGAGGAUGAGGAGGAGAGCGUGCUGGAAGACACGAUACAGGAGGAAGAAGGGAAGGAGACUGUGCUGCUGGAUAAAGAGGUGUACGAGAAUCAGCUGCUGCAGAUAGAGGAGCUGCAGGAACAGUUGAGGACGCUGAGGGCGGAGACUACAGUUGUGGAGGGUCGAAUCCGAGAGGAAGUGACAAAAGAGUUCUCUGAGCUCUUCACUCAGAUGCAGAACGAUUACAAUGAGCGUAUCAGUAAAGAGAGGGAGUUGGUGGAGGACCGGUGUGAGCGCCGGCUCGAGAUUUUCAAAAACCUGGUGGAGAAAACCGGCAGAGAAACCUGCAGUGAUGGAGAAGAUCCUGCUAGAGCACAGGAGCGAGAGCCUCCUUCUCUAGACGGCAUGCUUGACUCCAUGUCUACUGACCUGGCCGGGAUCAGGAAGGACGCUGAAGCGGCUCACUCGUGCCUGGUGACCAGUGACGGCCGACCCUCUGUGAUGCUGCGUGAACUUCAGGAAAAGGUCACAGAACUGAGGGAGAAGCUCAGUGAAACCCAGAAACAGCUGGAGAGCAGAACUCGGGAGUUGGAUGCUCAGAGCAGCCUGGUGGAGGAGCUGGAGGACGUGAGGAAGGUGGGUGUGUGUGUGCUGCAGAGUCGUGAGGAGAGACUGAAUGAUCUGAUGGUGCAGUGUGUGGAGAAAGAUGAGACCAUCUCUAAACUUCAGGCCACACUGGACCGAGUCGAAGAGAACAGCGCCAAGAACAGCGCUCUGAUUAAGGACCUCCUCCAGCAGCAACGCAGCUGCACAUGCUCAGAACGCCGGACACGCCCCGAAACCCGGAAGCGUAGACAGGAAAGGGCAGAACCGGAGGACAUCCACAGACAGCCCCCUUUAAAGAAAGGGUCUCUUGAGGACACAAACAUCCUAGAAGAUCUUGUGGAGGAUGAGGAUGAAGAUGAUCCACCUACAUCUGAGGUCAAAGGUUCUUCAAACGUCAUCGGCGCCUGCCGUAAUGACUCAUCUGUGGCUGAGGUCAAAGGUCAGGUGGAUCGUCUUCAGAAGGAAUUGUGUCAGAAGGACGGGCGGAUCUCGGAUCUGCAGCGGGAACGCCAGACUCUGGAGUUCUGUGUCCAGGAGCUGAAAUCUGCGCUGGAAGAAGAGAGGCAGUCCUGCACCAGACUUCUCCGAGAGACUGAGCAGAAGAUGGAGGAGGAGCAGCAGCGAAGGUUUCACUCAGUCAUCACCAGGAUGAAGGAGAUGGAGGAGAAACUGGACACCGCUGAGAAAACCUGUGCCGUCUUCAGAACCUCUCAGACGGACUCAUCAAACACACUCAUCAAAAAUCUACAGCAGGAAGUGACCCGGCUCAAACAGGAAGCGGAACGUUUUGGUGAGGCGAAGGUUACGCCUGAGGAAGUCUCCAGGUUACAGGAGGAGAGCGAGAGGAAGGGCGAGAGAGUGAAAACUCUGGAACAACAACUGCUAGAAAGUCAAAAUAUUCAUGACAACCUCAAGAGUGUGAGCUCUGACCUCCAGGUUGAGGUCAGCAACCUGAAAGGGGUCAUCGAGCAGAGGGCAGCACUUCCGGUGAAGGACAGCACGCCCAAACAAAACGAGAAGACGGACACCGAGCUGUCUAAUAAGGCAGCCCAGCUAGCCAAGAAGGAGGCGGAGCUUGCUGCGAAGGAGGUGGAGCUUGCUACUGUCCAACAGGAAGCACAGGAGGCACGAAAGAGAGAGGUGGAGAGGAGGAGAGAGCUCCUUGCUGUAGCCGAGGAGGCCAUCGCUCAGAAGGAGGCGGAGCUUCAAAAACGAGAGGCGGAGAUCAGCAGGCUGAAGGAGGAGCUGAAGUGCAGUAGUGGACAGUUCUCGAGUCUGUCUUUAGAUGCUCAGAGGAGAGAGGAGGAGGUGUCUGAUCUGAGGGAGAAACUCGCCGACUCCAAGAAACAGAUCCAGCAGGUCCAGAAGGAGAUCUGCUCCAUGCGCGAUGUAGAAAGAUCUCUGAAACAGAAGCUGAGUGAUGUGGAGAAGAUGAAAUCCCAGCUACAGAACGAGCUCUCCAGCCGAGAUCGCACCAUCCAGCAGCUCAGGAGUACUCGUUCAUCGGAUUCUAAGAGUGAGGGUCACGCCCAUCUUUACGAGAAAGCUCUUAAAGAUCUGCAGGAGUGUCAGGGUGUGAUAGAGGAGAUGCGUCUGGUUCUCAGUGAGCAGGAGGAGACUCAGACUCAAAUGGACCUGGAGCUGGAGAGCAGAGAAACUCAGAUCCAUCAACUUACAGAAGAGCUGGAGAACCUAAAAGAGCUGCUUCUGAAACAAAGGAACAGUAAACAGGUCCAUCAUGAUGAACCAGCACACAGUGAUGAAAUCACACGGGCCAAAGAGGACGCAGUGCAGGCUCAGGACAACCUGAAGAUGCUCAGUGAGAAACAUCAGGCUGAGCGCAGGAAGUGGAUGGAGGAGAAGCUGGUCCUGAUCGCUCAAGCGAAGGACGCAGAGGAGAGGAGGAACCAGGAUAUGAGGCGCUAUGCUGAGGACAGAGAGAAACACGCCCGCCAACACACUGAGAUGGAGUCGCUGAAGGCCUGUCUGGCUGAGCGUGAGCAGGAGAUGGAUGAGUGGAGGAAGGAGAGAGACACACUGGUCUCUGCUCUGGAGGUCCAGCUGAAGAAACUCGUCUCUACCAUCGCAGACAAAGAUGAGCAGAUCAGAAGCCUGAAGUGUACUAACACAGAUCAACCACCAGAGAUGUGUGACAAUGGAUUGAUGGAGCAGCUGAAGGAGAAGGAGGCGGAGCUAAAACAAUUGAAAGAGCAGCUCAGAGAGACAACACACACAUGCCCCACUACAGACUCAUCUACACAGACCGUGGUGGUGGAGGAGUGUAUAUCUGAGCAGCUGGUGGACAGCACCACUCUGAAACACACAGGACGAACCAGAGCGUCCGUCACCAGCCAGGGUUCUUGUGGCAGUGGUCCGUCUGUAUUGGACUCAUCAGUCAUCUCCACGGAAACGGGUCGGUGUUCUCGGUUCCCGCGGCCUGAGCUUGAGAUCUCGUUCAGCUCCCUGCACCCAGAACGCUUCCGCCUGAAACGCCCCGGAGAGAACGGAGAGAUCACCGUCAACCUCUCACACACACACAACAUACGCAAGAGGAAGAGCAGCGAACUGGAGAGGAAGCGAAGCAGCAAAAGAAAGAGCAAAGCGAGACCCACCACAGCUCCUCAGGAUGGGGUAGAGAGUGAGAACAGGAGGAAUAUGAGGUGUAAGAAAGCUCCCAGUCUUGCUGUACACCAGGAGGAGGAGAUGUCUCCUGCACUACUUGGGAAAAGUUCCCAUGGUUCCCAGUCCAGUCUGCGAGGGAAAAAGGAGGGAAAGCUGCAGAAGAUUGGAGAUUUCCUGAACAGCUCCCCGACCUUCCUGGGCAUUAAAGCUAAGAGGAUUAUGGGAUUGAUGAGUGGAAGGUCUCCGGAUGAAGGCGGCUCAUCCCUGAGUCUGAAACGCUCCAAACGAAAGAUCAACAUCUCGUCCCCGAUGAACAUCUCCGCUAAUCAGAUCAUCAGUCGCGAUGUGGAGGAGAGAGAGGAUCAGCUGAACAUCAAGAAACGACUUCGCACCAAAACACAGAAGUAGAAGAUUUUCCUGCAUCAUCACUGACAUUAAGCCUUUUCUCCCCUCACCAGCACUUUUACUUACUGUUUUUAUUGCGCUCUCUCUCUCUCUCUCACACUCACACACACACACACACUUCUUCUUUUUCUUCUCUCUCUCUCUCUCUCUCUUUGUGUUGUAUACUGUAUAUUCCUCUGUGUAUCAGAUGACUUCAUGUUUCUUGUUUUUAUUUUAUUUUAUAUUUUAGUUUAUAACACUAAUGAAUAUAAACGAGUCUGUUGUGAAGAUUUAGUUUUUAAUCCUGGGACGAUGUUUAUUCAGUCUCUCUGGAUAAAUAAAUGUAACUACUGAAACACAC